CUCAGCAUCAGUUGUCAACUGCAAAUUCUCUGGAGUCAAGCUCAGCAUUCAACCACAAAAACCAACAACAUGAAAUUCCUAUCACUCGCCUUCGUUCUGGGUCUGCUGGCUCUGGCCAACGCCACUCCACUGACUCCUGGCAAUGUCAUCAUCAACGGCGAUUGCCGCGUCUGCAAUGUGAGGGCCUAAGGGCAGCGGAGAAGGAAGGAUGCCAGUUGAAGUUCACACAGCCACACAUAUUUUUAAGUCGAAAAUGUAAUAGAAAUUCCUAGAACCAAGUGCCCAUAUUAAAAAUAUUCCAAACAAA